GCAGCGGGGAGCGCCGCUGUGUCUUUAAGAGCCGCGCGGAUGUUUCGCCAUCGCUGUCCCGUUCUGGGUGGAGUGUUUCCGUGUUCUAAUUACAGCUGUAACUAAUGGUAUCUGUUAAGUCUUAAGUCACUCGUUGUGUGCUAGUUGUGUUUCUCCGUCGCUCUAAAUUCUCUGAGCUGCAUAAUGGCUGCGAACGACUGGAAGCAGAAAUACGGAAGUGAGCUGAAGCUGGAGGAGAACAAGUUGCCGAUGCCGGACACGGUGGACUGGAAAUCCGUCUAUGAAAAGAAACCCCUGGGACGCAACUUACUGAAGAACCCGUCCCCUUUCGGUUUGGAUCACGAGACGCCGCCUCCUGAGAGAGAGCUGGCAGGAAUGUUUGGAGCUGAACCACCCCGAUUUGAACCAGAAGGUGACUUCAGUAAUUGGACGAAGUCUAAUGAAACGCUCCCUUACGACACCAGUGGGAUUCCUGCUGGCGCUGUCAUAUGUCACUUACCGCAGUUCAGCUGGUUCACCCUGGAGCAGAAAGUGGACCUGAAAGCGGAGGGAUUUUGGGAUGAACUUCUGGACGACUUUCAGCCGGAUAUAGCCAUCGAGGACUGGUACGAGCAGAGCCAGAUCCGCGAGCCUGUCUAUGUGCUGAAGGUGACGCUGCUGGGAGCAGAUGGUCAGACGGUGAUUAAGGAGCACGUGUUCACGCCAGAAGGCGGUCAAAGUAACGACUCCCACACCUGGAAGCAGGUGACACAUGUCUUCUCCAGCUAUGGGCCAGGUGUCAGGCAGGUUCACUUUCUCCACAAGAUGAAGAACAUGAACAUGGUGCAGUUUCAUGCCACCCGUGUCACAGGCAGCUCCGUCAUCGUCAGGCCCACUAGGUCCACCACGCACUGAAGACGGCUUCUGUCACCACGCACUGAAGACGGCUUCUGUCACACUUGCAUGUUGUUGCUAAUUUCUCCUUUUUCAACAUAGACUAUCAGAUUAACACUUAUGGAGGGUUCUCACAUCCCUCAGGCUUUAAAUGAAAUGUGUGUGUUUUUCAUUCAGCCUUAAUCCAAACCAAAUGCCUGUCAUGACUGAUGUGUAACGGUAAGAUGCCUGUGCCUUUGCUGUGCCUUUGCUGUGCCUUUGCUGUGACUUUGCUUUUACAGCAGUGGAGCUCAGAUGAAAAUAUCUAAUUCAGCAUAAAUGUGCAGAAUUUUUGUGACAUUAAAAUAACUGCAGGGAAUAAAGUUGGACCCAUGACUGACUUUCUUAAGUCCUCGACUUA